AUGCUCUCCACCCUCAGACCGGCCGCUCGCAUGGCGCUGCGACGACAACAGACGACUGUCACUGCGACAACCCAGGCAGUUCGCGCCGUCAACGCAUCGACAUGGGCCAACGUCAAAGAAGGACCUCCUGAUGCCAUCCUCGGUAUCACGGAGGCUUUCAAGAAGGACUCGUUUCCCGAGAAGAUCAACCUUGGUGUCGGUGCCUACCGCGACGACAAGGGUAAGCCCUACGUCCUUCCAUCCGUCCGCGCAGCCGAACAAAAAAUCGUCUCAGCGGCUCUCGACAAGGAAUAUGCUGGCAUCACCGGCGUCCCAUCUUUCACCAAGGCGGCAGCGCUGCUCGCGUAUGGCGCCGACUCGCAGCCCAUCAAGGAGGACCGCAUCGCCAUCACACAGUCCAUCUCCGGCACGGGGGCCCUCCGGAUAGGCGGUGCGUUCCUGCAACGAUUCUAUCCGGGCGCGAAGACAAUCUACAUCCCGACGCCAUCGUGGGCGAACCACAAGGCCGUCUUCACCGACGCGGGCCUCGAGGUCAAGAACUACACCUACUACAACAAGGACACGAUAGGCCUGGACUUUGACGGCAUGGUCAAGGACCUCAAGGCGGCGCCCGAGGGGAGCUUGGUCCUUCUGCACGCCUGCGCCCACAACCCGACCGGCAUUGACCCGACCCCAGAGCAGUGGCGUCAGAUCAGCGCGGUCGUCAAGGAAAAGUCACACUACCCCUUCUUCGACAUGGCGUACCAGGGGUUCGCGAGCGGCGACACCGACAAGGACGCCUACCCGAUCCGUCUGUUCGUCGAGGAAGGCCAUGGCUUCGUCCUGGCGCAGUCCUUCGCCAAGAACAUGGGCCUGUACGGCGAACGUGUCGGCGCUUUCAGCGUCGUCUGCGACUCGGCCGAGGAGAAGAAGCGUGUCGACUCCCAGAUCAAGAUCCUCGUGCGGCCCUUGUACUCGAACCCACCUGUUCACGGCGCCAGAAUUGCCAGCGAGAUCCUGAACGACCCCAAGCUCAACGAGCAGUGGCUCGGUGAGGUCAAGGGCAUGGCUGACCGCAUCAUCGAGAUGAGAGCUUUGCUCAAGGAGAACCUUGAAGCUUUGGGAAGCAAGCAUAACUGGGACCACAUCACAAACCAGAUCGGCAUGUUCGCCUACACCGGCCUGAAGCCUGAACAAAUGGAAGCUUUGGCCAAGGAACACUCUGUCUACGCUACCAAGGACGGCCGUAUCUCCGUGGCGGGUAUCACGUCGGGCAAUGUCAAGAGACUCGCCGAGUCCAUUUUCAAGGUGACUGGUUAG